AUGACCGAGUUCCAGGGGUGGGCCAACGGGUACAUCUCUGACACGUGCCGCGUGGAGGAGGCGGCCACCGCGCCGAAGGUCCUAGGGGUGCACGUGGGGAACGCCGAUCAGGCAGUUUCGGACUUUCGCGCGGCCGUCCUCAAAGUCGAGGCCGCCCGGGCGUCGAUCAUGGAAUUGGACCACCCGCAGUGCGAGCUCACGCUGCAGCGCCGCUGCUUGGACGUCAGCCAGUGCUCCUACAUCUUGCGGUGCAUCGGCGAUCGGAUUCCAGAAUGCGAGUUGCAUCGAUUCGAUGACUCGCUCCGGGUUGGGGUCGAGACCUCGCUGGCCGGUCGUCUUCCGGACGUAGGGUGGAUCCAAGCCACGUUGGCCGUUGAUGCAGGCGGGAUUGGCAUGCGGGAGUCUGCCGUGAUAGCUCUCCCAGCCUUCAUUGCGAGCCGGGUAUCGUCGCGACCGCUCGUGAACGAGAUGUUCCAGCACGUCGAGAACGCUGGCAUCGGGUCACGAGUGUCGCUCUUGCACCGCUACGACCAGCGGACCAGAGCAGCACUUCGGAGAUGGCUCGACUCCCUCCCCCAGGGCGCGCGGGACCAGGUCCACGACGCCGUCGAGAGGGCAGCCGAAUCCGCGGAGAGGAGGUGGCGGGAUUGGUGUUCAGGCGAGGAGGGCGAUGGAGAGGCCAACGAGGGGGCGGAAGGCCCAGCCCGGCAGCGGGGCAGCAGGCGCCCAGCCGCGGGCCUCGUGCCAGACGCCGGCACCGAGGACCCCGAGCACCCCGCUUCCCCAGCGCCCAAGGGCGGGCCGCGGUUGCAGAGCGAGCUCGUACGUUUUGCAGAUGCCACUGUCGCGCACGGCCUCCUGGCGAAGAUGCGCGAGGCCGGCGACUGGGAGCGCGAGCAGCUGCCCAGCGAGCUUUCCCAUCCAGACGGCUCGCAUGAGUGGUUGUGGGCCGUGGGCCCGAACAAGGGGAAGACGCUCUCAAAGGACGACUUCGUCACGGCCGUGCGGUUGCGGCUUGGAGCAGCGGGUCCAGACGACUUCGCUCCGUGCGGCAACUGCGGCGACGGGGUGAUUGGGCCAGUCGGCACCCAUGGGCUCUUAUGCGCAUGCGGGCCCAGUGCGCGCGGCCACAAUGCUGUCCGCGACGAGCUCUACGACAUCGCGAGCAGCCUCGAUUCCACGACGGGGAAUGCGGUGCGCUUCUACGCCCGCAUGAACCUGGUAGGGAGGGAGGUCUGCAUGUAUGCGCAGAUGCUGCACCAGAUCCUUUACGUGCACAACUAUACCCUCGAGAGCGUCCAGAAGCGAACGGAAGAGGCGUACGGUAUGAUUCAGGAGCUGUUCGGCGCCACGGACUUCCAGGGCGUCACUGGGCGGAUCGCGCUCAGCCCUCACAAGGUCGAGCCGGACGGCGCCAUCCUUCUUCAGCAUUUGCGGAGGUCUCCGAAUGGAGUCGAGGUAGUGGACAUUGCCGUGUACGAGAGCCGCGUCCAGUUGGCAGCGGGGCUCUUGGGCAACAACCAAGCCUUGACGUUUCUUGGUCUGGCCAACCUCACGUUCAGCCUGCCUGGCGAGAACUACUUCGCUGGGCCAGACGGGGCCCACCACAUCGACGUCACGCCCGCGGCUCGGCGGCACGAGCACCCGGGGGAAUGGUCAGAGAAGAGCGGCGCUGCGGGAGUUCUGCACGCGAUGUCGCGCUUCUUAGAAAUCACUGGGACCAGCGAUGAGGGCCUUGGCCGACUCACACGCCUAUGGCUGAAAUCCUUCAUGGAGCAAUUCGGAGAGGUGUUGUCGCUGCAUAAACCACCGACCUCUGGCGAUCCGAAGAACGACGUGGCCACGGUGCGGUUCGCGAGGGAGUAUGCGUCGGAGCAGGCCGUGGCGGCGUUGAAGAGUGGCGCGGAGCUUAACGGAGUCCCCAUCAGGGUGGACUUCCAGGCGCCGAAAUCGGCGAAGGCGGGCCGGCCCACGUCUGGAUGCCUGGACUAUGAUGCGCCCGUCGUGGACUCCAGGAGCUUCUUGGAGGGCAGGAGGCAGCACGGCAGUGCCGCUGCCAAGAAGGGCCGCAAGGCCAGCCGUUCCGACUCGGAAAGGGGGAAGCGAAGCCGUUCGGGCAAGCGGUCGCGGAGAGACCAGAAGGAGAGCCGGUCCAGCUCAGGAGAGAAACGCAGCCACUCGGCCAGGAGGAAGCGGAGCCGCUUCCCGAAGGAGAAGAGGGACAAGGGCAGCAAGGGCAAAGGGUCAAGGAGCUCCUCUGGGGACAGCUCACCUGAUCGCGCCGCAAAGCGCAGCGGCGGCGAGAGCAGCGACAGGGAAAGCGACAAGAGCUCACGGGAACGGGUCUGUACCAGGUCGCCAGCGGCGCCCGCAGCGCCAGCCGAGCCAUCUGAGGCUGCUGCGCUAGUCGUGCCGGAGGCGCCAGCGCCAGAGCCCGUGGAUGCCGGAACGGCCGCAGAGCUGGCGGAGCUGGCGGAGCUGAGGGCGCAGGCGGAGCGGGACUCCAGGGAGCUCGAGGAGCUGCGGAGGCAGAUCGAGUCGCACGAUGCCAAGAUUCAGAUGCUGACGGCUCAGCUGGCCUAG